UUUAAUUACCAAGGCGCCCUUGUAACAACAGCAGCAGCAGCAGCAGCAGCAGCAGCACGAACAGCCACAUCAGCUGCAACGGCAGCAGCAACGAGGUUACAACGCAACGCCACACGGACAGACGCAGCACAGGACAGCACCAGCAACGUUUGCGCAAAAUUAACGAAACAGGCAGUGGAAGCACCGAACGCAGCUGUGGCACCAAACAAACGAACACCGAUAUUUGACUACAAAAUAACAACAACGUCUGCUGAGGUUGAGCCAAAUCAGGAGUGUCGUAAAGUAGUGGUGGCGGUGGAAGCAGCAUCUACAGCAGCUGCAAAACAACACACAAAUACGUCAGCAGCAUCAACGGCAACAACGAGCCAUUACGUCAAUCCGAUCAAUUUACAUGGUAUUCGAAAGUGCCACCAAAGUCGAGUGCACAAAAAUCAAUCCCAACGCAAUAAUCGUGAAACUUUACAUCUUACCCCAACACUAGUCGCUGUGCUGUCGCUGCUUCUGUGCUGGUGUGUGUCAGACGUGGCAGGAGCUUCGCCUGUGGCUUCAACUGCAAGUGAUAAUGACGUGCAUGGCGAUAACGCUAGUGUCGAUAUCAAUAACGCGUUAGCUUUGCCAAGUGUUGCUGCGAACCUCAGCAGGAACCCCUGCGCUCUAAAUGUACAACGAAACCAUGACUGCCACUCAACGCUUCCCCAUGGCGAUGACUACAAUAUCAAUGGGAACGUUUACAAUGUACAACAAUCCAUUACCAAAACUACAGUUUCACUUCAAUUCAUACAACCCGCAGAAGAAGUAUUCGACACCGCAACUACCAUCAAAUCUAUCGCCACUGCCAGCGAGGCCGCCGCCACCACCGUGGAGAGUGCCACCGUCGCUUCGCUCCUCAUCAUCACUGCCACCAGUUCCACUGGCAAUGUGUCGGCUGUGCCCGACACUGAUGAACUGCCACAAAUUCCUGCAUACAUACGCACCACAGCGAUGUGUUUUUGCAUAGCAAUCAUGACGCUCGGUGUUAUUGGCAACAUUAUGGUGCCAAUUGUUAUAGUGAAAACCAAAGAUAUGCGCAACUCCACCAACAUAUUUCUCACCAAUCUCAGCAUCGCCGAUCUGCUAGUGCUGCUUGUUUGUACGCCAACUGUUUUGGUCGAAGUGAACACCCGACCCGAGACCUGGGUGCUGGGCCAUGCCAUGUGCAAAGCAGUGCCAUUUGUUGAGCUAACAGUCGCGCAUGCUAGUGUUCUGACGAUUUUGGCCAUCUCUUUUGAACGCUAUUACGCUAUCUGUGAACCACUGAAAGCCGGCUAUGUUUGUACAAAAGCUCGCGCCAUCCUUAUUUGCAUACUGGCCUGGUGUAUUGCUGCUGGCUUCACAAGUCCCAUUAUUUGGGUAGCCGAUUACAAAUACGUCGAAUACAUUGAUGGAUCAUCGGUAGCGGUGUGUUUAACGCAAGCAGUCACCAACUGGACUAUGGGAUACUUUUUGAUGACAAUAUCCACUUUCUUUAUUCUACCUCUGCUCAUCCUAGUCGUACUCUACGCUAUAAUAGCCAAAAAUCUUAUCUCCAGUAACGGUCCAAUGUUACGUAUUCGACCAACGAAACCAGAACUGAGCCUAAAGGCUCGCAAGCAGGUCGUGCUCAUGCUAGGCGCUGUCGUUUUAUCUUUCUUCCUUUGUUUGCUGCCGUUUCGCAUGCUCACCAUGUGGAUUAUACUAAGUUCGGAGCAGACAUUCUUCGAUAUUGGCGUUGAACGUUAUUACAGCCUCUUAUACUUCUGUCGCAUUAUGUUCUAUCUGAAUUCAGCCAUCAAUCCAAUACUCUACAAUCUAAUGUCCACAAAGUUUCGCAAAGGUUUCCUACGUCUCAUAUUGAACGCAUGGCAUGGCGCUGCUAUGUCGUUGACAUGCGGUUGCCAUAGGCGCAUACGUGCACGCACCGGCACCAUAACUGGCGUGGGAACAAACACCAAUACCAACACUUCGAACACGGCCACCAGCAAUGCAACAUCGUCCAGUUUACUUUCGCGUCAAUCGAAUCGCCGCUACAGCGAUGACACAAUCCAAACUAAUGCCAGCACAAGGCGGCCUUUUACAAAGACGCAAAUACAAAUUCAGAUGCAUAUGCCCUGUGGCAUGGAGAGUGAGAUAUUAGCGAUGCUGCACAGUAGCGUGACGGCAGUUGCUGCGACGGCGUUGGCUAUUGAGGAUGAAGCGCUCGAAAAGAAAGGCAUUGCUGAAGACGGCAAACGGAAGUACUUUACAAUCCGGAAGUAUAAAACGCAGUCGAUAAUGCGCGAGCAAGCAGAGGCAGAGCAGGAGCAACUACCUGUAACAAAGUGUGCCAAUGUGCCAGGUCGACGCUCGGUGCAUGUAAGUUUCGAUGAUGAGGAGGCUAUUAUUUUGACGUGAUACGCUUAAGGCGAAGAGGCUAAACCAGGAAUGCAUUUUUGGCGAUA